UUACAGCGCCACGCGAUGACGUUUUUCACUGCGUUCGUUACGUCGCGACGUAAACACGUGCACUCCGCUGCUUCCAGGUUAGUGUUUUUCAUUCCUCCGUCAUCCUCAGCUCAAGCAUCACUCCCUGAAACAGCAGCAGCGAUGGCGGAGCCCGGAGCAUCAGACCCCACGGGCCCCUCUCCAGCCGUCAGCCCGGGCUCAGAACCGCCCUCCAUGGCCCUGUCACCCACGGCGGACGGCUCACAAAGGCUGCUCUUUUCGCACGACCUGGUGUCCGGGCGGUACCGCGGCUCGGUCCGCUUUGGCCUCGUACGGAUGAUACACGGCGAGGAGGAUUUUCAUUCAGAUUCAGACCUCGACGAUGAUGGUGGAGGGAGAGGCGGCGGAGGAGGGGGUGGAGGAGGAGGUGGACGAGUCCCGUGUGGUUCGGACACCGAGAGCGCAGUGGACAGCCCGAGCCGUCCUCUGGGCAGGGGGUUUGUUCGUGUGCAGUGGUACCCAGAAGGAGGCAAGCAGGACAUCCGAGAGACAAAGCUAAAACUUGAAGACCGAUCCAUUGUUAUUCGAGACAUAGUGAGAAGAAACAACUCCAAUGACAACCAGUGUGGCAUGGUAACCAACAUUGAUAUUGAGUGUGCAGUAAAACUAGUUGGGACAAACUGUGUGUUGUAUCCAGUGAACAGCAAAGACCUGCAGCACAUCUGGUCUUUUAUGUACGGAGACUACAUUGCCUACGACUUCUGGUUGGGAAAGGUUUAUGAUUUGACGAAUCACAUUAUCCUCAAGCUCUCAAAUGGAGCCAGGUGCUCGAUGAGUGUGGAGGAUGGGGCGAAGCUGUAUGAUGUCUGUCCACAUGUCAGCGACUCGGGACUGUUUUUCGAUGAGGCCUACGGUUUCUACCCGGGGCAGGUUCUGAUCGGUCCAGCCAAAGUCUUCUCCAAUGUGCAGUGGCUCUCAGGGGUCAAGCCUGUCCUCAGCCGAAAAUGCAAGUUCAGGGUGGUUGUGGAAGAGGUAAAAGUAGUUGAGCUGAAGGUAACAUGGAUCACUAAGAGCUUUUCUCCCAAAGGCUCUGAUAGCGUCUACCCUCCUCCCUCCACCAUCACCCAGGAAAACCUCUGCAGGGUGAGGCGCCUGGGUUACUAUGACCACACUCAGAGGCAGUUGGGGGAGAGGGCAUUGUACGUGUUUCCAGCAAAGGGAGACACCACACGAAUUACCUGUGAGGGACCCGAGGGUGGCCCAGUCCUGCCUGACGACCUUGUGGUCCGAAACCUGAAACGGAUGCUUAAGAAAGACACAAAGAAGACGGAAAAUGCAGAGACUCAAGAUCACAAACCGGAGCAGAGCGAUGCGUCUCAUCCCAACAACAACAAUGGCCCAGCGGCGCCGCCUUCGGAACAGAACACACAUGAUGCAGCGAUGGAGCACACGGAGCAGGAUGCGGACGAUGAGGCUGCUGAUGACACAGAUGAUACCAGCUCUCUGACGUCUUCAGCGAGCUCCACAGCCUCGUCGCAGAGUGGCGGACUCACGACCAACCGCAAGAAGAGCAUCCCUCUGUCCAUCCGCAACCUCAAGAGGAAACACAAGAAGAAGAGGACCAAGUUCUCCCGCGAGUUCAAGCCUGGAGACCGAGUGGCGGUGGAGGUGGUCUCCACAAAGACCACUGCAGAUGUGAUGUGGAAGGACGGGCGAGUGGAGAAGGGCAUCAGAUCCAAUGACCUCAUCCCCAUCCAGCACCUGGACGGACACGAGUUCUGUCCCGGGGACUUUGUGGUUGACAAAAGAUCUCAAGCUUCUCAGGACCCAGGAGUGUAUGGAGUGAUCCAGUCUGGAGAUCAUAAAGGCAGGACUUGUGUGGUCAAGUGGAUCAAACUCAAUUCAGCUGGAGACGAUGUAGAGGUGAUGGGGAUGGAGGAGGACGUCAGCGUGUAUGACAUUGCUGAUCACCCAGAUUUCCACUUCCGUACCACUGACAUUGUCAUCAGAAUAUGGAACUCAGAAAAUGGACAGAACGACUGUGAAAAUGAGACGUCUGUUGGCCAAGUGUCUCGAGUGGAUGUGAGCAGCAAAGUGGAGGUUGUGUGGGCAGAUAACUCCAAGACUAUUGUUCUUCCACAGCAUCUUUACAAUGUUGAGUCUGAGAUUGAGGAGACUGACUAUGACUCUGUGGAGGAGACGAGCAGCGUGCUGUCCACAGAGGAGUGGGAGGAUGAGAGUGACAGCUGGGAGACGGACAACGGAGUGACCACAGAAGAAGACAACCACAUAAACAAUGCUGACGCAUCAGACACAGCCACACCCACACCCACUGGCUCUUCCACUUUCAUCAUCCCUCCACAGGAGGGCAGCAAAACUGGGGUCACCAGCCCCACUAAAGCAACCCCCUCAGAGGAGACUGAGAGCUCUGCCGCUGCAGCCACUCCUUUGUCUGGGGGAGUUGAACCUUCUUUAGGAAAUGCUGCUGUGAAUGGAGCAGAGAAGUCAAACAAGGACGGUGCUUCUCGGGGACUGAGAGAGCUGAAGGAGGCACUAAAGAUUUUGGAGAGCCUGAAGAACAUGACCGUUGAGCAGCUGUUAACUGGAGGUUCCCCCACCUCUCCAACCUCAGCUGAACCCAGCUCCACCUCAAAUGUUUUAAGUUCAGUGACUCCUACUGCUCCGGAGAAACCCACAAAGGAGAAACGCUUCCUGGACGAUAUCAAGAAGCUUCAGGAAAACCUCAGAAAGACUCUGGACAAUGUUGCUGUUGUGGAGGAGGAAAAAAUGGAGGCAGUGGUGGAAGCAGGGGCCAGCACAGUGCCAGAGGCAGAGAAAUCUGGUGAUGAGAAAUCUCAGCCAGAGGCUCAGACGCCGGUCGGAGGACCUGUGUGGUCCAGUGAUUGGUCCAGUGACUUCCUCAGUGACACUCCGGUGCUGUGCCAACAGAGUGGGGGCAAACCGGGAGUCACCUUCACCAGUGCCAAAGGAGAAGUCUUUUCCGUGCUCGAGUGGGCCCCAGACACACAUUCUUUUAAAAAAAUGGAAUUUCAGCCGGCUGAGGCCAAAAAGUUCUUUAGCACAGUCAGAAAAGAAAUGGCGCUACUAGCAACAUCACUGCCCGAUGGGAUCAUGGUUAAAACGUUUGAGGACCGUAUGGACCUGUUGUCAGCUUUGAUCAAAGGUCCCACAAGAACACCCUAUGAAGACGGGCUGUUUCUGUUUGACAUCCAGCUCCCGAACAUCUACCCUGCUGUGCCCCCUCUUUUCCGAUACUUAUCCCAGUGCAGCGGCCGCCUCAACCCCAAUCUCUAUGACAAUGGCAAAGUGUGUGUGAGCCUCUUGGGCACAUGGAUUGGCAAGGGAACAGAGCGGUGGACGAGCAAGUCGAGUUUGCUGCAGGUCCUCAUCUCCAUACAGGGCCUGAUCCUGGUCAAUGAGCCGUACUACAAUGAGGCAGGCUUCGACAGUGACCGCGGGUUGCAGGAGGGCUACGAGAACAGUCGCUGCUACAAUGAGAUGGCUCUCAUCAAGAUGGUCCAGUCCAUGACACAGCUCCUCCAGCACCCUGUGGAGGUGUUCAAGCAGGAGAUCCAACAGCACUUUGUGUGCAGUGGCUGGAGGCUGGUGCACCGCCUGGAGGUGUGGCUGGAGCUGAAUGAGUCUGCUGAGAGGGGACACCGCUCCCACCUGUGCAAGGGCUCCUCUGUGGAGCCUCUGGAUGAACAGCUGCCUCUGGGGGCGGGGCCUGUGGCUGUGGCCCACAGCAGUCCCUCUAAACCUGGGGAGGAGGGCGCAGAGGUGGGCUGCAUCAUGGAGGAGGAGCUGGAGGAUUCAGGGCUGAGUCCGUCCACCACUGCAGCCUCACAGGAACUGAGCCAGACCUCAGACUGUGAAACCACUCAGAUCAGUGCGACCGCAGAGAACAAGAGCAUGCCGUCUGUGCCCGGAGUGUUGGUACGCAACGGGGCGUCAGAGACAGGGUCUGCAGGGGCCAGCUCUACGCCACAACCCGCUGUGCGACCAAAGAAGCGACGAAAGAGCUAUCGCAGUUUCCUCCCAGAGGGUGGUGGGUACCCGGACAUUGGCUUCCCCCUGUUCCCACUCUCGAAAGGCUUUGUGAAGAGUGUGAGAGGGGUCUUAUUACAGUACAGAGCCGCACUCAUCGCCGCUGGCAUCACAGAUAACACAGAGGACAAGUAAGUGCCUCCCCCGCUCCUGCUCUCUGUACUCUUCAUCCUUCAGCCUCCUCAUCCUCCUCAGCCCUUUCAAGUCGUCCAUUAUUGGGACGUCCAGAGCAGCACUGCCCUAAAGUCCUUACCUCCAUGUUUUCACUGCUCUUGUGCCCAGACUCCUCCGCUGCAGGGGUACAGCUGCAUUUGUCUCAAGACUGAAUGUUUUGGGUGAGAUUUGUUUCUCCCGCUCUGAAAGGGCACUGGACCUAUGGGCACUUUGGAGUGGCCUGUUGUUGCACAGAAAGUCUGACUGGUCACUUUAGAAAAGCUUUUAUCAGAAUUAGCUGGAUUUCACUUUGGUGGACCAGAAAGAAGGGACUAAAAUAGACACAGUGCCAUGAAGACCACUACACAAUCUCUUUCAAAUCAAUGAGCGGGCUCCUGCUGGAAACCACUUAGCCGUCAUGAUCAGCCUCAAAGAUGUAUUGGAAACUGGCCACAUAUAGAUGACUGUGUUUCACGAAAUGAACUGCCCAGCCUCUUUCUGAGCUGUGGCUAUCUGUAGCACUACUGACUGCUGUACCAUCAUGCACUACAACUAAUGAAGGACAAUCUGGUCUGGAGGCGGCGACUACACUAAAUAAAUAUUUUGACCAGAAGAACCCUUUUUAAUUAGAACUAAAGUGUUGUACGCUUUCUGCCAAAUUUCUCUUAUCCACCGCCACGCUACACUCUUCAUUCAUACAAGUACUGAAUGUCGUCAAACUGCCAGCCUCUUUAUCCUCACUGCUUGCACCAAAACCAUGGCACUGCAGAGUCACAGUUUACAUCUCAUUUGGCAUAACACUGCUCAUUCCUCUUUCAACCACCAGGGGGCUUUGGUGCAUUUUACUCAUCAUGGCCUCUUUACGGUCAACAUUAUUGCAGUUCAACCAUUCCUUCCUUUCAUAUGGACAUGUUGCCUUACUUGAAUUAUUCUUUCUGAUCUCAGACCACUGCGUACACAGCUGCUCGUGUCUGAAACCACUAAAGCCAGUAUUUCACUCCCUAAUUGUGCAGCCCAUGUUUUCCCCUCCAACACUGACUGUCCUUCCAUUUUAUGUGUUCAGAGUUGAUCAGUCAGAAUAUAAGGUCAACAACAAUAACCAGACCAAAAAAAAGAAUACUAUGCCUGACAAAAGCUAGAUGAAGUUUAUCAUUAGACAUGACAAAAACUAUGAAAUGAAAAUAAAAAGGGUUUAUUUUAAUGUGAAGAGCCAGUUCCAUGCUCCCACAAACCUGACUCGUUUGUUUCCUGGGGUAAACUGGAGCAGUCUAUGUUGUUUACAUAUUUUUUACAAAUAUCUCGCAUAUGUGUCUGUUCUUUUGAAUACUUCAUACCCUUAUUGUAUUUAUUCUUAAGAUACAGGUCGGGCCAGUCCCUUGUGCUUACAUUAUUUGAGAAUUACUAGAGAGACCUGUCUGCGGUUUUACUUGAAUUAAUGCUGAAGAGUGUUUCUAAUUGAGAGAGCACAUUGUGCCAUUGUAAAGUAUGAGUGAUGGAGGAGAAAAUGCUUUUUAAAGAAACUUAAGUAAAGGUAAUAAUAAAUUUGGGAUUUUCAUUGAUUUGUCUUCCAUAUUUCUUGACAUUUUUCAUCCUGCAGUUCUAUCAAAUGUGGCAAUCAAGCAUGUACAACAUGAAGUCCUUGUGUACAGUACAUUAAAUUGCUUCCUUUUAAGCUACACACAAGGGCGUGGGGUCCAGCUUCUGUUGCUUUUCUUCCCACGUGUUCCUUUAAGACGCCACCCUCAGUUACUGUGACACUUAUGACAAGAAUGGUUUGAAUAAAGCUACAGUCAGAGGUUAUAACUGGAUGAACUUACUCUCUCCCUACUCCUUUUAUUUUACCAUUUGUAAACGAGAAGCCACGAACAAAAUGUGAAACAGGAUCCAAGCACAUGAUGUACUGUUGUGUGGGUAUUCAUCCUUCUGACCAUAAUCAUCAUUCAUUUUCUGCAAGUUUUGUUUUUCAGCCAAAGCAUGUAACGUGUUGCUUUAAGCCCCUUGAACGGGCUACUCUCAAGACUUGACUGUACGAUGUCUACAUUUCCACAGUGGCCUGUUAUUGAUAUAUAAAAAGAACUAAUAAAGUUAUGAUUUGUAGCCUGA